GUCGACCUUCCCACCCGUCGAACAAACAAACUCUUCCAAAGGAACAAUAAUAGGAUGAGCAGCAGCAGCAGGAGCAGCAGCAGCAGACAGACCAUAAGCGCCAUGUCUAUUUUCUCGCACGUGUUUCGAGAUAAGACCAGUUUUAGUCAACAUGCGCGCCGUCGUUCGGCCAAUUGUCUGGGUGACGUUGUUUUGUGGCAUCGCAGCCGGGGAAAAAGAGCAGGAGCGUUCUGCCGUAUUUCCUGUCCGGUUGGGCGCAGUGACAGUUCUCAACUCGGGCAAUUACGGGAUUGCGCUGGAGUUGUUUCAGAACUUGGUGGUGAUGCUGCAUGCGCCGAGUGUGCACAAUGCCAUGCUUUACCUUUACGACUUCAACAAAGCUGCACAAAAGAUGUACGCUCCCGAUGAGAAAAUCCCCAUAAAGUUUGCCAUGAUCAACGCGGAAGCUGAGCCUCAGUUUAUACAAGAUGAACUCGAUUACGUGGGACAACUGCCGGCAAUUAUUUUCUACCGCAAUAAAACGCCUAUUCCAUUCCCAGGUGAUGGUGUCUUCAUUUAA